AAUUAUAAAAUUCAGGUGAAAAUAAACAAAUUAGUUGUUAUUUUCGGUAAAUUUAUCUUCAAUUAUUUAUAAAUGAAGCUUUAUAAACCCAGUUGGGUCAAUCAUGAUGAGAAGCCAAUAUUUUCUGUGGAUAUACAUCCAACAGGCAAGCGGUUUGCGACCGGAGGGCAAGGAGAAGACUCAGGAAGAGUCGUGGUCUGGAACUUAAACCCAGUUUUGUUUAAAGAAGCCGAAGAUGACCCAAAUGUGCCUAAAAUGUUAUGUCAAAUGGAUAACCACUUAGCGUGUGUAAAUUGUGUACGAUGGAGUAACAGCGGUCAGUACUUGGCAUCUUGCGGUGAUGACAGUUUGGUGAUGGUAUGGGGUUUGAGUAUGGCUGCAGGGACUAUUGGAAAACACAAGGCUGAAACUUGGAGGUGUUUGAAAACGCUAAGGGGACAUGCUGGUGAUGUCCUGGAUUUGGCGUGGUCACCGCUAGACAAGUGGCUGGCAAGUUGCAGCGUUGACAAUACAAUCAUUAUUUGGAAUGCCGAGAAGUUCCCUGAAAUGGUGUGCGUGUUAAAUGGUCAUACUGGUUUAGUGAAGGGUGUUGCUUGGGACCCAGUGGGAAAAUACUUAGCAUCCCAAUCGGAUGAUAAAUCUCUAAGAGUUUGGAAAACAGCUGAUUGGGCGUCUCAGACUGUCAUUACUGAAUCUUUUGAAGAGUGUGGAGGCACGACGCACGUGCUGCGCCUGUCGUGGUCUCCAGAUGGGCAGUACGUGCUGUCCGCGCACGCCAUGAAUGGUGGCGGGCCAACCGCGCAGGUAGUGGAGCGCGACAGCUGGCGCUGCGACAAGGACUUCGUGGGCCACCGCAAGGCCGUCACCUGCACUCGCUUCAACAGCAACAUCUUCGUGAAGAAGGGCAAGAAGUGCUGCUGCGCGGCGGUGGGCUCGCGCGACCGCUCGCUGUCCAUCUGGCUCACAUCGCUCAAGCGCCCGCUGGUCGUCGUGCACGAGCUCUUCAGCGACAGCGUGCUCGAUAUCUCCUGGAGCUCCGACGGUCUGAAACUUUUAGCGUGCAGUAAAGACGGCACGGUCGUGUGUAUGCAGUUCACUAAUAAAGAGAUUGGUACACCGCUUACGCUUGAAGAGAAGAACACCUUCUACGAAAAGAUAUAUGGCAAGUGUUUGAUCAAUGAGCCCGGAGGUGAUUUUACCUCCAACCUACUUGUGGAGUGUCCGGAGAUACUUUUGGCUCGGGAGCGGCAAGACGCUAAGAAAGAACCGCCUAAAGAGGAAAGUACGCCUAAAAGCGAAAAGUCACAGGUAUACACACAGAGCUCUAGGGAAGGUUCGGAACCGUCCCCGCUGCCGCCUUUGCGACCUGUCGACCGGCAGAUAGAGACUCGGACAUCGGAUGGCAAACGUCGCAUCACGCCCGUCUUCAUCCCACUCACAAGCGCUGAUGCCAACGAAUCACUAGGAUCCCAGCCGGCUACAGAGAACUGUUUCAGUACAUCUUCACAAGGCAAGUCGCGUAUUCGUGUAGAGCGACGAGAUGAUAUUAUAAUACACCCCAAUGUUAGUAACCACGCUACCAUCCCUGCGAAGACUGGCGGUGGUCUCGAACCUGGUCAACGCCUGCGCAAGCGUACGGCUGCGUCUCUGCCGGGGCCGCGUGCAGACGAGUUACAUGCUAAGAGGAUGUGUCCCUCGCCCCCACCGGGGGCCCCGUCUACUGCCCCAGCGGGCCCCACCGGGGACCACGCGCCCCCCGCACUGCCUGCCCCCGCGCUCGGCACCGCCGGGCCUGUGGUACGCGCUGCGGGGGCCUUGAGAUUACAGGUCUUGAAUAGGGCCUGCAAUACAUACUACGGAACACUGUCGAGACUCGAACUCAUACCGAACAACUCCGCUUCGAACGACCCCAUCUGGGACACUUAUCUAGGUUCGCCCGUAUCGUGCAUCGCGUGCGACGCGCGCUGGGCGUGCGUGUCGUGUGCGGACGGCGGCCUGCACGCCUGGCGCCUCGCGCCCGCGCCCGUGCGCGCCUUCCCGCACGUCGCCCUACCGGCCCAAGCGGCCAAAAUGUAUUUAUCUGGUGACACCCUGACGGUGGUCACCAUAUCUGCAGAGAUUGCUGUAUGGGACCUAUCGGCUGCCACUUGUCUCAUUCGACCGUUGUCUUUUAGGAAUCUACUCUCACAUGGGGUGACAGUAACAAACUGUUCGUUAUUAGAAGACGGCAACCCUAUGAUCACACUCAGCAAUGGAAAAAGUUAUAUUUAUUGCAAAAAGUUAUGCGCAUGGGUGGUGUGGUCGGACGCCGGCGACCCGCUGCGGCGCGCGGGCGGCGGCGCGGGCGCCCGGUCCCGGUCCCAGUGGGGCGCGGCCCGAAGCUGGCUGGAGGCCCAGCUGGCCGCCUGUCUCCACCUACGUCUCGCCAAUGACUACAGACACUGGCUCCUAGCCCUCUUUGAACACCUGCUGCAGCACGGAACAGAAGAACAGUUAAGAAAUAUUUUGGACGAUAUGCUCGGGCCGAGUCACUGCACGUCAACACCUAGAAAAUGGCAGAACACGAUAUUGGGUAUAAAGAAACAUGAGAUUCUAGAAGAAAUGCUUGCACUACUUGUAAGGCAGCUACAGUGGCAGCGACUGUAUACAGAAUACUCGGACCAGCUGAACAUCGUCAAGGAAUCCAACACAAUUGUCAAUGGACACUAAAAUGUCACAAAAUUUUAAAGAUACAUUUCACAAAUCACUUGCUUUAGCUGUUCUCCGUGGUUCCAGUCGUAUUCAUUAGAGAAAAAACGUACUAAA